GUAAUUAUACUGUGAGGGCCAAAGCAACGAUGGACGAAGCCGAGUUUAGCCGCUUGCUGGGGCAGUUCCCUGUCGUCCGCCAGAGCACCUACUGCCGCGUGGCAUGGAAGACCGACGCCACGCCGCGCUCGACGAUCACGCAAGAAGAGACCGAUGCGCCGUCCAAGAAGAUGAAGACCGACGUGAGCCUCUCGACGGCCAUCGAGACGUACAUGCAAGAGUACUUUACGCCCGCCGAGGCCACGCGGAUCCGCAUUGCGUUCGAGAAGGCGCAUGCCGACUUGGUCGACCAGCUCUGCCUCGAAGACGUCGAGGACAUGUGCCACCAGUUUCAAUAAGCGCCGUCAACA